AUGGCAUAUGCAGUCCUCAUCGCGGCUAGAAAGUUAAGACCAUACUUUGAUGCGCAUACAAUCGAAGUGCUAACAAACUUUCCUCUCGAAAAAGCCAUCAGCAAGCUAGAUACAUCAGGCCGGUUGCUAAAAUGGGCAAUAGAGUUGUCCGAGUUUGACUUGGAAUUCCGGCCAAGAACUGCAAUCAAAGCCCAGGCAUUGGCGGACUUCAUAGUUGAAGCGUCAUACCAAGAAGAUGAAGUACAAGCUGUAGUAUGGGAUGUGUCAGUGGAUGGUUCAGCUGCACAGACAGGCAGUGGGGCUGGAAUAAUCAUGAAAUCGCCAACAGGAGACAUUUUUGAGUAUGCUAUAAAAUUUAUGUUCAACGCGUCAAAUAACGAGGCAGAAUACGAGGCAGCAAUUGUCGGCAUCCAAAUGUGCCUCGCAGCAGAUGCCAAAAGAGUAAUACUGACAACAGACUCCCAGCUGGUAGCAAGUCAAUUCAGCGGAGAAUAUGAGGCCAAAGAACCUUCAAUGGUCAAAUACCUGGAGAAGCUGAGGUCAGUGUCGGCUCAGCUAGAGAAAUUCAGCAUUAAUCUGGUACCCCGAGCAGAAAACACACUGGCAGACGCACUAUCAAAGUUAGCAAGUUCAAAUGUCGCCGACUUGAAAAGAACAGUCAUGAUGGAAGUCAUGAAUAAGCGAAGUACGGAGUCGGAGGUAAUACGGGUCAUGGCCAUCACAACUACCUCAGAAUGGUACGAUAAUAUCCAAACAUACAAACAGACUGGAGCCCUACCAGCAGAUUUGGCAGAAGCCAAAAAGACAAAAAGGGACGCGGUUUGGUACAUCAUCCUGUGGGGACGGUUGUACAAAAAGUCAUUUAGCCUACCAUUCUUAAGGUGCCUGACAGCAUUCGAGUCAGCAAGGCUGAUCGAAGAGUUGCACGAAGGAACAUGUGGGAACCAUGCCGGUGGAAAACCCCUUGCCAUCAUCUGUCAAAGGCAAGGCUAUUACUGUCCAACAAUGUUAGAAGAUUGUCGAGCUUAUGUAAAAAAGUGCGAGAAAUGUCAAAAGUUUUCAGCUGUGAUAAACUUGCCAGCCAAUGAUUUGAUGCCCAUUCUGAACCCAAUCCCAUUCGCACAGUGGGGAAUGGAUAUUGUUGGACCAUUCCCAAUGGCGGCUGGAGGGCGCAAGUUCUUAAUAGUAGCAGUGGACUACUUCACCAAGUGGAUAGAAGCAGAGCCGGUAGCAAAAAUAACGGCAAACCAGGUGAAAAAGUUCAUAUGGAAAAAUAUAAUAACAAGAUUCGGGCUGCCGCAGGCAAUAGUUUUUGAUCAUGGAUCACAGUUUGAUUGUGCACCCAUACAAUGCUUCCUGGGAUUAUACAGAGUAAAGUUAGCUCACUCGUCAGUAUGUCACCCCCAGAGCAAUGGGCAAGCAGAGGCGGCGAAUAAGCAAAUCCUGGCUGCACUGAAAAAGAAGCUAGAGGACUGUAAAGGCAAAUGGGCAAAUCUUAUGCCAGAAAUUCUGUGGUGCAACAGAACUGCUAUCAAGGAGGCUACCGGCGAGAGUCCAUUUAAGUUAAGCUUCAGGUCUGAGGCUAUCAUACCGGCAGAAAUGGCUCUGCCAACCAUGCGAAUCCAGCAUUACGAUGAGGAGAGAAACGAUCAGCUGCUGCGACAUCAGUUGGAUUUCAUGCCUGAAAUCCGCAUGAAAGCAGAAAUCACUUCGGCAGCAUACAAAAGUAGAAUGAGCAGAGCAUACAACAAGAAAGUGAAACACCGGCCUCUAGGAGUAGGAGACCUGGUACGGCGGAGAACGGCGGCAACAGGAAAAGGAAAUGCUCAAGGAAAGCUGACAGCCAAUUGA